AUGCUCUUGGAUUCGGCUAGGCUCGACACUCUGGCGUCUGCCGAUCGUCGUCUUUUAUACGCCAGUGGAAUAUCGCUCUCCGAUGACGAACGUAAUGAUGGUGAUCAAGAACAAAGUGAUAGUAGUGAUACAGAAAGCCGCUGUAAACCAUCCGACCAUUCACGAAGGCGAUUUACUUCAUCGCGAACGAACAGUGAGGUCGUUCCGUUCAGUCGCAUUCAGUUGUUUGUUCGUCGUCAUCGGAUAAAUCGGCUUCAUUGCGAAUCGUUUGGGAAGGACAACAAAAUUGGGAUGAUGAAUUCGCCACAACAGGUGCUCUCCUUAUCAUCGGCAGUCGACCAACCGGACGAGGAGCUGUAUGACAACGCAAUCGAAAGCGAUGAUGCGGUUUAUAUUGAUACCGUUCGAAGAAAAUGUAUGAUCGACAGCAAGUACAUGUAUCAAAGUGUCAUUGUGGCCAGGUUAUGGGAACUUGCUCAAGAAACACCGUCAACUUCUCGUUUAAAACCGGAACGAUGUGAGAUGACAGAUAGUGGGUUGUCAAGGAGUACACAAUCAAAGCAUAGCCAAGAACAUCGUUCAAUGUUCGACUCAGCCAUUGGUGGUGAGGUGUCCUCGAGUGAAGAUGAAUGGAAUGGUAAAUUCGACAGGCACAUGUUGAAUCCACUACGUGAGUCCGACUCAGCAUCACAAGUGAGUCUUGAAUGGUGCGAUGAGAGUCUUAGACACCGAGAGUCGGUAUCUGAGGACGGUGCUCGUUUCAUGGUGAGAAAUUUGGACCGAGAUUACGAGUCGAGUCGCGGGAGUGCAGUCAGAUCAUCCAAAUCGCCGCCGUUCACUGUUUCUACCAUAUAUCGACCGAAAGAUUCUCGAGAUCUGAUGGUGUUUGCAUGUGAGAAGUUUCAGCCAUAUUCGUCGCAGUUUAAAAAGAUCCAACAUCUUUACCAUCGACGUCGUCUGCGACGGAUCGGCCCAUCACCAAGGACAGCUGAUGAAACUCUGAAGCUCUUUAUCUCUUCUGUGUUCUACCAUGGCUACGAUAUUCUCAAGAAAUCGUCACCAUUAUUAGAGAAGAGUUUUGAGUCCUGUGUAAGUGAAUGCAACUUUCUGCAUCGGUGGAAAGGCACGUCACUUGAACGAAUGCGGGAAGACAUGCGAACGUUAUUAGAUACGAAAGUGUCAUGUUCGUCAUCUCCAGUGAACGAAUCUCAGAUUCGCGGUUUGGCACUUCUGAUGGUUUUGAGUGCUCGUGAAGUCUAUGAGGGAAAACUAGCCGGCGAUUCAGGAUGUUCUUGGUUCACUUUGGACUCUCCUGCUGAAGUGAUGUCUCACUUUGAAAGAAAUCUGCCGCUGAACGAGACGUGUUGGCGCUUACUGGGAAGCACUUGUGACGUCUCCAUUGAGAUGUUAGACUUUUGUUCAUCAGCACCGAACAGCGUACGUUUUGGCAAUGCGCAAAACUCUGUCCAUUGGCUACGAAUUUCAACCUCGAUGGCACCUCAGCCACUAUUCUACGUGCCUGAUAAUUGA